AGAUCCGUUGGCUGGGGCAGUAAUCCGCAUGCGCUGAGCCGGGCAACUGCGAACCCGCCCUACCUCGACGCCCCACCGGGCGUCUCGUCUCCUGGCAACGACGCCAGACUCCUAGGCACCGCGCUUUCCUCUCCAUCUGCACCCACAACCCGCGGUGUGCCGUCCGCAAAGCCCCUCUACACUCUUCAAACUCCAGACCCUCCACCUCCACUUACUUUUGUCUUCUACCCCACCUCAGCAAUUUGCCCUGAAUCAACCCCUUUCCCUUGUUCCCCAAGUCUCUGAGUUUCUCCUCAUGCCAUCUUGAGUUCCGCCAUCCCCAGGGACGGUCCAAGCUCCUCGGCUCCUCUCGUUCCAAUCCCGCCCCAAGCCAGCAGCCUUGGGAUCAUGCCUGGAGCUAAGCUUGCCCAGAGUCCAGAGGAAGGGGGCGUGUGCAUUACUGAAGCCCUUAUCACUAAGCGGAACUUGGCCUUCCCUCAGGAUGAGGAUCUGUCAGAGAAGAUGUUUCACACUCUUGCUGAACUGCAAACUGUCCGCCUGGACCGGGAGGGGAUUACUGCUAUCAGGAACCUAGAGGGCCUCCAGAAUCUUCACAGCCUCUAUCUGCAAGCGAAUAAGAUCCAGCGAAUUGAGAACCUGGCCUGCGUCCCCUCCUUGCGCUUCCUGUCUCUAGCAGGAAACCAAAUCAGGCAGGUGGAAAACCUCCUUGAACUCCCACACCUCCAGCUUCUGGACCUUUCUGAGAACCUGAUAGAAACACUGAAGCUGGAUGAGUUCCCCCAGAGCCUUCUCAUCCUCAACCUGACUGGAAACAGCUGCACCAAGCAGGAUGGCUACAGGGAGCUGGUGACAGAAGCCCUGCCACUGCUCCUGGACCUGGACGGGCAACCUGUGUUAGAGCGCUGGGCCUCGGAUGAGGAGGAGAAAGCCUCGGGCGAUGAGGAGUUCCCGGAGCUGAGUGGCCCGUUCUGCUCAGAGCGAGGCUUCCUCAAGGAGCUGGAGCAGGAGAUGAGCAGGCACAAGGAGCGCAGGCAGCAGGCAGCGCUGACGGAGCACCUUCUGAGGAUGGAGACACAGCCAGCCCUCACUGACCUCCCCGUGCUGCCUGGCGGCCCUGUGGCUGGGGACAGCAACCAUUCUGUCACUGCCAGGGAAGGGAAGGAGACACCCCUUGAGCCUGCCUCCUUGCCACAAUCCUCCUCUGCCACCAAGAAACCGUGCCCUCUGGUUUCCAGGGGCCAGCAAAGCACUGUCGAGGCAAGGAAGGGGGCUAGAGCAGCUGCAGUCCCUCUGGCUGGAGCUCCCAGCACCACUAAAACUAAGACCAAAAGAGUCAAGAAAUGAAGCACAGCGCAUCCCAUCAGCAAAGGCACAGGCACAAGGAAUGGGGGCGAACAAGGAGUGGGGUGGGCUCCCUCCUUCUCAGAGCCCUCGCCUGUGGCAGGAGCCUAGCCCCAAUAAAGCAUCUCUAGGCCCUGAAUAUGU